UCGAACGGUUCGGAUCGAAAGCGCGCGCGAAGAGAACGGACGGCCAACUCCCCGGAAAGGAAGAAAAACAGAGGAAGGAGGCGCACACCCCCCAACAGAAAACGAGUGUAGUUUAGUAGUGCAUUAGUCCACAGUUUAGUUCUCCCCUUGGUUCCACAAUUUUCAACAGGCCCUAAACAUUGGUUGCCUGCGUUUCCCCGAGUUUUCCUGCGAGCAGAGUCCCAAAGAUCCCAGCAAAUCGGAACUAUGUUUACGGGCAGAGCGCAACGAGGCCGCAGGAUGAGAGAAUAGCGCCAUGUUGUCCAAUCCAGCCCCAACCUAUGGUGGUCCGAGGUCUUGAGACCUGAUCCUUUGUGGGUGCCGAAGAGUGGAUCGCAGGAACUGACAGGAAAGAGUGGUGCCUGGGACGAGGGGCACGACUAACUGCAAAAAUCGUGGGCAAGGACAACGAAAGGCAUUCAGCCAUGAAUCUGAUCAAUAUGGAUUCGGAGAACCGGGUGGUGCUCAAUGUGGGUGGCAUUAGGCACGAAACCUACAAGGCCACGCUGAAAAAGAUUCCGGCAACGCGACUAUCGCGACUGACAGAGGCCCUGGCCAAUUAUGAUCCGAUACUGAAUGAGUACUUCUUUGAUCGGCAUCCGGGAGUCUUCGCACAAGUGCUCAACUAUUACAGAACCGGUAAGCUGCAUUAUCCCACAGAUGUGUGCGGACCGCUGUUCGAGGAGGAAUUGGAGUUCUGGGGCCUAGACUCGAACCAAGUGGAGCCCUGCUGUUGGAUGACAUAUACACAGCAUCGCGACACCCAGGAAACCCUUGCCGUAUUGGAUCGACUCGAUCUGGAUACGGAAAAACCGUCCGAAGAGGAAUUGGCUCGCAAAUUCGGCUUCGAAGAGGACUACUACAAAGGCACCAUAUCCUGGUGGCAGGAGAUGAAGCCGCGCAUUUGGUCCUUGUUCGAUGAGCCGUACAGUUCCAAUGCCGCCAAGACUAUUGGCGUGGUUUCGGUGUUCUUCAUCUGCAUUUCGAUCCUGUCGUUUUGCCUGAAGACCCAUCCCGACAUGCGAGUGCCCAUCGUCCGGAAUAUUACAGUGAAAACAGCGAAUGGAAGUAACGGCUGGUACUUGGACAAAACCCAGACCAAUGCGCACAUAGCCUUCUUCUAUAUCGAAUGCGUUUGCAAUGCUUGGUUCACCUUUGAAAUAUUGGUGCGCUUUAUAUCAUCGCCGAACAAGUGGGAGUUCAUCAAGUCAUCUGUUAACAUCAUAGAUUACAUAGCGACGCUUAGUUUUUAUAUCGAUCUAGUGCUUCAGCGGUUCGCAUCGCACCUGGAGAACGCUGACAUCCUCGAGUUCUUCUCGAUCAUCCGCAUCAUGCGGUUGUUCAAGCUGACGCGCCACUCGUCCGGCCUGAAGAUCCUCAUCCAGACGUUCCGGGCCUCGGCCAAGGAGCUGACCCUGCUGGUGUUCUUCCUCGUCCUGGGCAUCGUGAUCUUCGCCAGCCUCGUCUACUACGCGGAGCGCAUCCAGCCGAAUCCGCACAACGACUUCAACAGCAUCCCGUUGGGUCUGUGGUGGGCCCUGGUCACCAUGACCACCGUGGGCUACGGGGACAUGGCCCCCAAAACCUACAUCGGUAUGUUCGUGGGCGCCCUGUGCGCCUUAGCCGGCGUACUAACCAUCGCACUGCCAGUGCCCGUCAUCGUCAGCAACUUCGCCAUGUACUACUCGCACACGCAGGCCAGGGCCAAACUGCCAAAGAAGCGGAGACGAGUGCUUCCCGUCGAACAGCCGAGACAGCCCAGAAUACCAGGUGCCCCUGGUGGUGUCAGUGGCUGUGGCACCCCGGGCUCGGGUCCCCAUUCCGGUCCCAUGGGAUCCGGUGGAACUGGACCACGUCGCAUGAACAAUAAAACGAAGGACCUGGUCAGCCCCAAGUCAGUUGCUCAACUUUUCGCAGGUCCGCUGGGCGCAAGUAUUGUGGCCAUGAGUCCCAGGACAAUGUUGGACCUGAAUCCUGCCCUGGCGAUGGGCAAGCCGUCGUUUCAGCCCCGUAUACCCACCCCCCUGGCAGCCACGCCCCCUCCCCCGCCCAGUUCCGGUUCUGGUUCCGGUUCCGGUGGGCUGACGACAUCUGUAACGACUGGAGCAAGUGGAACCACUGCAGCCCCACUUCAACCAGCACCACCCACCAUCGCGGUGUCCACCACAGCGAUUGUGGGCAAGGACUCGGGCAUCUCGACCACCACAACCACACAGGCACAGGAGACCAGCAAGAAGGCCUUCCUCUAGGAAGGGCAGCCGAGAGACUCAAGCCACCUGAUAUCUAUCUAUCCGCGUUUCCCAUAUCCCCCCAUAUAAGCAAUAUCUAUUCGAUAUCAUACAUAGCCUUCGCAUACGUACUUGCUAGGAACAAAGAAGGAGAGUUUCAGAGAUGGCAAAUGGAUCAUAUCUUAUCACUGAUCAUAGACCGUCUUUGUUUGGCCGAAUGUAAUACACGAAAUAUCGAAAUGAAUAUCAUAUAUUCACCAUGGCCAUGGAUAAGAAUUAACUGGGAAUCAGCAAAUCAAAUAUCAAUUGUGAUGCUAUAAAUUAUAUAAAGUAUUCUUUGAUUUUCAGCAGAGUUUUAAGCUUUUACUCAAUUAAAUACCAACGGGUUUACGCUUAUUUGACAGUUAUAAACUAGUUUAUUAUUUUGAAAUCUCGAAUUGUAUAUAUACUUAUGUCACUUCAGAGGUGAUAAAAAAAAUUAAAGCAAUAACAUUUAUUAUUAAAUAUAAAACUAAUUUAUAUUACAUAACGAUCCAGCCAUCUCUGAUCGAUUGCAAAUACCUAGACUCGCAAUUUGUGUUGACCAUAUCACGACAUACCUAUCAAUAUCGAACCUAAACAUAACCUUAGCUAAAUAUAGAUAAUCCAAUUGCUUGGCCACAACAUUUUACCAUCGAGAGCUAGCCAAGACAGAGCGAAAACCAUACGUUUUUAACCAUACAAAGUGUUUUUACCGAAUGCAAGCUUACUAACGAUCCAUGUUCUACAUAAGCCAUAGAUAUUAAAUCGACGAGGAGUGUAUAUAAACCUAGAUGCUUUAUAACUCGGUUUGCCAGUUCCUUAUGCGUUGUGUAAAGACUCGAGUGCCCCAGUUCUCGUGGGGCAGUUCGGCUUGAAAGCUUUAAUUUGAUAUAUUUAUAAACGGAAGACUCCAACUCAAGCGCGGUUUGAGAAGCUUAAUUAAACAGAAACCAAUCAAAAAGAACACAUACUGUUUAAAAAUUCAUCCAGGCCAGACACGUGUUGACUUCAACUUUUUUUCCGAACUAAAAAUAGGAGAGGUGUUGAUUUUCUUCGAACGAGAAACGCAAAAGUUUUCAGGGGAAAAGUUGAAGCCAAAGAAAAACAAACGAAAUUUUCCAACUGUUGGCACUUUUCGCUCAUCACUCACUUACAUACUGGGAUUACUCGGUAAGCUGGGAAAGAAUCGCUUCUUAUAUUUUUCCAACCUGAGAAGUUGGCUCACAUAUCAACAAGCUAGGGAGACCUUAAGGAAAAUUUCAAAUUUCAGCCAGUUAAAAUGCAAAUUAUUUCCAUUAAAUUCUGUUAGGUACUCCGCCAACCUCCCCUCAACAAAUGAAAAACAAACAAAGAAUCCAGAAGCGGCAGGGAAUUCCUUACAGUUCCGUUCAGUUAACUUGAGUUUGUUGAAAAAGUUUACAAAUGGCUAUGGGGUUAAGUGGGUGGAUUUAGCCCAGAAAACUCACUGGCGUGGUUUUAAAAACAAACAGGUUUGCAAAUUGUUUUCUCCGAUUUUCAUUUGAUUUUACUUGCGCAAGUCAUUAGCUAAUUCUCUUGUACAUUUUGGAUAUACAUAUAUAACUCUCAGCAAGCAUUUUGCCUACAUAUUUGUAAGAAUAAACAUGAUAAUUACUGAAAACAAACAGUGGAUCAACAAAGAUAGCGAAAUAAAAGGAUGCAAAACUUAAGCAACAUUAAGAUCGAAGAUGGGCAACAAAUAAACGAAGUUUGCAAAACAUUUGUUAAGUUUUUACAAUGAACAAAGCAUUAAUAAGAACUAAAUUAAAAUUAAAUAUUGCAAGCUAUAGGAAAUUGAUAAAAACAAUUGUUUAUAUCGUUUUCGUUCUCUCGCUAUGAUUUCGAAACUGUUUUUUAAUUGUAUAGUUAAGCAAAUUGUAUACUAUUUGAACUAAACAAAACAAAUUGUUCUCUCAAUAAUUCAUGAACAAAGAAAAUUAAACUAAUUAUAUAUACAUUUAUAUAUAUAAUUGAACAAAAACAUAUAUAUGAAUUUAAAA